UUUUUAUUAUUGGUUUUUGCUUCCACUUGGUCCACUUUGUUCUAUAAAUUCCACCCCUCCCCUGUGUUCCAAUUCCCUUUCCCCCUCUUAUCUCUUGUUAGCUUUCUCGGAUUAGUGUUGCUUUAUUCUUCUGCAGCCUUGGCCCCCCCUGUUUUCCUCCUCCUUCCAGCAGCCUUUGGAUUUCUCUUGGGUUCUCCAUCCAAGAUCGAAAACCCAACGGCUGAAUACUGUGUUCUUGCUGCUGUAUCUCUGGUGCAGAAGAUCAAUCAUCUACAUUUACUUCGACUACCUGUUAUUUAUUGGGAAAGCUCUGCCAAAUUUUUCUCUGAAGAUUCUCUUCCUGAGGUCCCAAAACCUUAUCAAAAUCUGGCCUUUGCUUAAGCUUCGAUCUAAAAAGAUCAUCUUGCUGCAGGAAUCUGGAGGACUUCUUCUUCCUUCUACAAAAUCUAAUCUUUUUAUCUCCCAAACUCUCCUCUCUUUUUUUCACAUGCAGCAUCUGUUUCUCUUGAUGUUUCUGAUUGAUGUCGCCUAUCCUACUUGAGAUCCAUCUCUCUCGGUAUAUGUUAAAUUCCACUCUCGGACGCAGUACCCAUCUUGUUCAAUCCUUCUCCGUCGUCUUCCUAUACUGGUUCUACGUGUUCUCCGAGCUUGUUCUAAGAUCUGAGCACCUGCGCCGCCCUGCCCAAUCUGCUACAAAGAAAUAAUCUCUUUUUGUUAGUGUUAAUCUUACUACAGCUUCAUAAUUUACUCGAGGCAUUUUUACUUGAGAAGAGCAAAAAAGCUUUCCAUGGCUUCUCCGGGUGGGACUUCUUCCGGAUCCAGUCUGCUCCAAACCUCCGGCUCCUAUGAGGAUCUGCAGGCGGUGGCGAUGGAGCAGAAGAAGCGGAAGCGAAUGAUAUCGAACCGCAAAUCCGCUAGGCUGUCGAGGAUGCGCAAGCAGAAGCACUUGGACGAUCUGACGGCGGAGGCGAACCAGCUGAGGAAGGAGAACGGCCGACUCCUUACUUCCGUGAUCUUCACCACGCAGCAGCACGUCGCCGUCGAAGCAGAGAACUCUGUUCUGAGGACUCGGAUGGUGGAGCUCACCGACCGGCUGCAGUCUCUCGAUGAGAUCCUUUUCUGCUUUCAGCGAACGCCAUCAGAUCCAUGGAGCUUCGGCUUCGUUAACCAGUCCGUCAUGGCUUCAGCCGACAACUUGUUUCAGUAUCGACAGCUGAGAAUCCAGAACGAAGUACUAAUGGCUACAAAGACGGCAUCAUCAAGCCUUCAUUGUUUGCUUGAGCUCGAAACAGUGAGGACAGAAGAGUGUGCGCAUCUCAAUCACUGAGCUCGAUAUAGUAUCUCAGCUCUGUCAACGAUGCUGGUGUUUGUCUUUUCCUAAUUAUCGAUGCGUAUGGAGACUCAUCAAUGGUGUCUUCCACUUUUGAAUCUUACACGUGUUGAAGUCAGUCCACCAAACGUGUCACUUCGUUGCAAUGCAGCUGUCGUGCGUGACGACGCCCACCGAAACACGUGCGUGACACGUGAUUCUCCACUAAGUGACCCUCCAUUUGGUCGCCACCACCGCGGGCAGCGAGGAAGCCAUGUCGGCAGAGAGAGAGGAACACGGCGACCAGAUCCGGCGGACGGAUGAGUGCGGCGACGCGGCGAGGGAGGUGAUCGCCGGCAGCAUGGAGCACCACGGUGCUUCCCUGUCCGAGAUGCUCCGCCGCUCCGGCGGUUCCGGCUCUAACUCGGUCGGCCGCUUCACCUCAAAAGCAUUCGCUUCAUCGUCUUCAUGUCCGUCUUCAUAUGUUUGACCGUCGUGCGUGCAGCCUGGGUAUGUCGAGGCAGGCCGCGGAAGGGAGGAGGCGGCGCGGAAGGAGAAGCUACACCUACACGGCUAGCACAAGAGGGAGGAACGAGGGAGCACGGUGGGGAAGCACGAGAAGAAGGGGUUCAUGGAGAGGCUGAAGGACAGGUUGCUGGGCCACCAUUAGAGAUGGACUCGUGUGCUGGUUUCGUACGUGGUUGUCGUCGGUGUAUACGUAGCGAUGCAGUGUUCGUACAAUGUAAUCGAAUACGACAUGGUUUA